ACUCUCAAUAAAAAUGAACGUGUCGACUGGACAACGGCAAUCACCCCCCUGUCACCCGAAUAUCCACGAAGCGUUACUUUCUCUCCCCAUCCCUCUCUCUUUCGCCCAAGUUCAAAGUCGAUGCUUACAUACCUGACAUCCUAUCCAUAGCUAUUGCACAUAAAAGAAGACGACUACCAAGCCUCUAGAGAAAGAAGAAGCGGCGGCAACUCGUUUCGCCCCUAGUGGUGGGGAAAUCCCGGAUCGUCUCUCGUUCUCCCUGCAGGGAAAAGGAGAGAGGGAGAGAGCGCGCGUGUAACAUGGUGGAAUUUGGUUGGAGUCCGAGCAUGACUUAGCGAUGAAUAGCCAUGCAGUUCGUUGUGCGUGAGCGACCCAUAAACACUAUCGGCCCUCCGGAUGCUUCUGAGAGCAGCAAAUUUUUGCGCAGUGUGCUCUAGACUUUGCUCAGUUUUUCGCUUUGAUUUCUGGCUGUGACAACUGUGCAUCAAAACGCGAGUGCAUCAUUCAGUUUUGAAAAACGUUAAGGAUUGUUAUUGUUGUUGUUUAUACAAAGAUGAAGAUGAAGCGAACGAGUACUAUAGUGUUCCUCGGCGUCGCGUGCUGCUGCCUUGCGCGCAUUCAAUUUGCGUCGUGCGACGAGAGCCCCGUUAUAACCCACAUUUCGAAGGAGAAAAUCCAAGAGAUCGGUGACGAGGUCGAAUUUAACUGCACAGUGCAGAAUCUCCAGGACUAUCCUCUGCUCUGGAUCAAGCUUCACAAAGACCGGCAAGACCGCUCGCCUCUGUCCAGCAACACAGCUCUUAUUAUCAGGGACAGCAGGUUUUCCGUGCACGUUGACAACGAGACUUCCACGAAUUCGCUGAGGAUCAAAGACCUGCAGGAGGCCGACACAGGCUUCUACCAGUGCCAGAUCCUCAUCUCGGUGGACAACAAAGUGACCGCCGAAGUGGAACUACAAAUACGCCGACCACCGACCAUCAGCUCGAACACGACGCGCUCGGUGAACGUGACCGAGGGCAAGCCGGUCGAGCUGCACUGCAACGCCGAUGGCUUUCCUGUGCCACGCAUAUCCUGGAAAAGGGAAAAUGACAUUCUACUUCCGUCCGGUGGAGCCAUUUACCACGGCAGCGUGUUGAAGAUCGAAAACAUCCACCGGGACGACCGCGGCUUGUACCUGUGCAUCGCGGAGAACGGAGUGGGCGAGGAAGCUCGUGCUAACGCCACGGUGCACGUGGCCUUUGCGCCGGUCGUAACGGCCAUUCGACCAAGAGUCGGUCAAGCCCAGGGUUACACAGCCACGCUCGAAUGCAAGGUCGAGGCUCACCCGAAGCCAGUUGUAAGUUGGCACAAAGCAGGCGCUGAGCUUAAGAAAGAAACAGCUAAAACCGACGACGACGAUUUCGUAGACUCACUGCUGCGCUAUUCUAUUGGCGCCGCUGAUUUCGGAGAGUAUAUUUGCCGAGCAGAGAAUCAGUACGGAAUUGCGGAGACUAAAGUCGAGCUGUUUGAAACUAUCAUACCAGUAUGCGUGAAUACCUGUGGUUAAAGAAGCUAUUGUGCAACUGUAAAUAUACUCCAUCUAUAACGAUACUCAUAAGAACAGCGUCAUUUCAUCCAUAUUUUUACACUUCAACAUCUAGACAGUAACUACUAUAGUUGAAAAAAUGCAAUCCAACCAUCUCAGAACGUCACUUUAAAGAAUACAAAAAUAAAAUAAAAUCAAAGACCAAACAAA